GUGUUGUGCCAUUAAUCGCCGAAAAGAAAUAGCAGCAGACUAAUAUCGAACACCUAAAAAUUAUAAUCUACACAGCCAUGAAGAAGCUCAAUCGAUCUCCCUCUCUCCUCUUUCCGCUUCUCCUCCUUGUUCUGAGCUUACUUCUUAUACACGCAGAAGCCGAAGUCAUAACCCUAACCCCUGAGACCUUCUCUGAUAAGGUGAAGGAAAAAGAUACUGCAUGGUUUGUGAAAUUUUGUGUUCCUUGGUGUAAGCAUUGUAAGAACUUGGGCUCAUUAUGGGAAGAUCUAGGGAAAGCGAUGGAAGGAGAAGAUGAAAUAGAGGUUGGCGAAGUUGAUUGCGGAACAAGCAGACCUGUAUGUUCAAAAGUUGAUAUUCACUCAUAUCCUACAUUUAAGCUCUUCUAUGAUGGAGAAGAAGUUGCUAGAUAUCAAGGGCCAAGGAAUGUCGAAUCUCUUAAAUCAUUCGUUUUGGAGGAAGCAGAAAAAGCAGCAGCAAAAGCACAACUUGACAGGGAUCAAGAUUUGUGAUGUCAGUAAGUUGAGAGACUGUAGAUGGAAGCAGAAGGGAUGGUGAAAGUCUCACAAUGUAAUCAACAUGGUUCUCCUAAACAUCCCAGCUUAGAUCACCUUGGGGAUUAGAAGCAGAUUUUAUUGAAUGUCUUUUUCUUAUCCAUCCAGUGAUAUGACAGAGUUUGUUUAAUCUGCUUCAGAAGAGCACUAAUUUUGCAUUCAAGGGCAUUUUAUCUGUUACCAAAAUUGUAUCAUCCUACUACAUGAGGAAUUUCAAUUGAAUAGUUUGACAAUUCAUAUAAUUUUAAGAUUCAAUCAUGUGAAUUUAGGUUA